AUGUUCGUUCGCUUUAAUGAAUACGAAUACAGUAGCCCUUACGCCGACAGGGAGGAGUUCUUCUUCGAUCAAGUGACAAUAGAAGAUCUUGAUACGAAAAGUGUUGCGGUAGCAGUAUUUCACCAUGACAGUGCUAAACUCGGCAAGGAUCUGCUUAUCGGUGAGGCGACGAUACCAUUACACGAAAUCCGAGAGUUGAAAAUGAGGAAGGAGGUGAAAGUCAUCGAGGAAAUCAAGCAGCAACCAACUAAGAAACUUGGGAAAGUAUACAUCUCGUCAUGCAUUGAGAAGGAUGCGAGACGAUUGACGAUCAAUCUGAAGAAGGUCGACGAUCUACCGCGAUCGCGUUUUUUGGGCGCCCCAGAUGUCUGUAUUAGAAUCACGAUGGCUCAAGGUGAAAAACAGCAAACGAAGUCGAGUCGAGUGCUGAAAUCGACGACGACAGCCGUUUACAACGAAGCGGUGAUGUUCCUUUUCAACACCACUAAAAAAGAUGUGGAUACAACGAAAAUCACAAUCAGCAUACACGAUAUGCAACGAACCUGCACUGGUGACGAUGUGAUUGGAUGUGCCUAUCUUGGAGUGCUCGCGCAUGACAAAUCCGAAAUCGAACAAUGGAAAAACACUGUCGAACACAUGGGAAAAGAGUAUAAGGGCACACAUAAUUUGAAAGCACCGCAUUCUGCUCCACCAGUACAUGUAGCCGAGACUGAGGACAACGGCGGCAUUUGA